CCCCGCCCCCCGCCAGCCGGCUCCCCUCCCCCGGCCGCUGGCUCGCUCGGCUUGCAACGCUGCAGAGGCUCCGAGGCGGCGGCGGCGACUCCCUCUUUCCCUCCUCUCUGUCCGUCCAUCCGUCUGUGCGUCUGUCCGUUCGGCCUCGGUCCGGCCCGCAGCAUGGCCGGCGUCAGCUUCAGCGGCCACCGCCUGGAGCUGCUGGCGGCGUACGAGGAGGUGAUCCGGGAGGAGAGCGCGGCGGAUUGGGCUCUGUACACAUAUGAGGACGGCUCGGAUGACCUCAAGCUUGCAGCAUCAGGAGAAGGGGGCUUGCAGGAGCUCUCCGGCCACUUUGAGAAUCAGAAGGUGAUGUACGGCUUCUGCAGCGUCAAGGACUCCCAGGCUGCUCUGCCAAAAUACGUGCUUAUCAACUGGGUUGGUGAAGACGUGCCUGAUGCUCGCAAGUGUGCUUGUGCCAGCCACGUGGCUAAGGUGGCUGAGUUCUUCCAGGGCGUCGACGUAAUUGUGAAUGCCAGCAGUGUGGAAGACAUAGACGCGGGUGCCAUUGGGCAGCGGCUCUCCAAUGGGCUGGCUCGGCUCUCCAGCCCUGUGCUGCACCGCCUGCGGCUACGGGAGGAUGAAAACGCUGAGCCUGUGGGUACUACCUAUCAGAAGACGGAUGCAGCCGUGGAAAUGAAGCGGAUUAACCGUGAGCAGUUUUGGGAGCAGGCCAAGAAGGAAGAGGAACUAAGGAAGGAGGAGGAGAGGAAGAAGGCCCUGGAUGAGAGGCUUAGGUUUGAGCAGGAGCGGAUGGAGCAGGAGCGGAUGGAGCAGGAGGAGCGCGAGAGGCGCUACCGGGAGCGAGAGCAGCAGAUCGAGGAGCAUAGGAGGAAACAGCAGAAUCUAGAAGCAGAGGAGGCCAAGAGGCGUUUGAAGGAGCAGUCGAUCUUUGGUGACCAGCGGGAUGAGGAAGAAGAGACCCAGAUGAAGAAGUCUGAAUCAGAGGUGGAGGAGGCAGCAGCCAUCAUUGCCCAGCGGCCUGACAACCCUCGAGAGUUCUUUAAGCAGCAGGAACGAGUCGCAUCAGCCUCUGCGGGCAGCUGCGAUGUGCCCUCACCCUUCAACCACCGGCCAGGCAGCCACCUGGACAGCCACCGGAGGAUGGCUCCCACCCCCAUCCCCACCCGGAGCCCAUCCGACUCCAGCACAGCCUCCACCCCUAUCACUGAGCAGAUUGAGCGGGCCCUGGAUGAGGUCACAUCAUCUCAGCCUCCACCACUGCCACCGCCGCUACCACCAGCCGAAGAGACCCAGGAGCCCAGCCCCCAGUUGGAGAGUGAAGAGACCAGCAAGGAAGCCCAAGCAGCAGCCCCUCAGGCCUGGGCCAGCGCCAUAGAGGAGCCCCUUCUGGCAAGGGAGCCUCCCCAGGGGGAGGGCAGCCCUGCGGAGGACUUGAUGUUCAUAGAAUCUCCAGACCAGGCUGUUCUAGCCGCCCCUCUGGAGCCUGCUCCAGCCAGCACCACUGCAGCUGACCCCUCCAUAGCUGUCACAGCUGACACCAUUGAAACCAACACUGCCGCUGUUGACACCACUGUUGCCAACACCUCCGCUCCCGCUGCUGCCAGCCUCAUUGACCUAUGGCCUGGCAACAGGGAAGGGGCCUCUGCAGCCCAGGCCUGGGAGCCAGAGGCCAAGUCCGGGGCCCCCACACCACCCUCAGGUGCUGAGGUCACUGUGGAGGAGAUGGCCCUGCUGGACCAGGGGGCUCAGGAGCCUCUGCCACCAGCGGGGGAAGGCUGUGCCAACCUUCUCAAUUUUGAUGAGUUGCCUGAGCCCCCAGCCACCUUCUGCGACCCAGAGGAGGAAGUAGAAGGGGAGUCCCUGGGUCCACCCCAGGCCCCAACUCUGCCCUCUACUCCAGAAGAUCUAGAUCAAGAACCAGAGUCAGAGCCAGAGCCCCACGUGUUGACCAAUGGCGAGACCACUCAGAAGGAGGGGACCCAGGCCAGUGAAGGGUACUUCAGCCAAUCACAGGAGGAGGAGUUUGCCCAAUCAGAAGACCCGUGUGCGAAGGCUCCGCCUCCUGUGUUCUACAACAAGCCUCCAGAAAUCGAUAUCACCUGCUGGGAUGCAGAUCCAGUACCAGAAGAGGAGGAGAGCUUCGAGGGUGGAGAUUAGCGGUGUGUCUGCUCUGAGGCUGCCCUCGCCAAGGCCGCCAACUUCCAGGCUUCUGGCCAGACGGCCCGCCGUGCCUGCACUCGCAGCAGCUCCGCCUGGCACCCACUCCGGAUUCCGGCCCUGGCCCGGACUCGGCCGCUUCCCCACCCACAGGGCCAAACUUUGACAGCUUUUCUCUUUUUUUUAAAGUGAAUAGGAGACUUGUACAGUUGACUGAUUUUCUUCCCGUUGGUAGUUAAGACGCUGUUGCAGAUUCCACUCUCUCCCUAUCCGGUCCAGAUUGUAGCUCUUAGUCCUCCCUGCUCAGCUGGCCGGGGUGGAGGUCUCCCCCUGCUUGGGGCCUGGUGUGGGGGAGCUCUGGUGGAAAAUGUUCCCUCACCUUUUUUCCUAGUUUUAUGUUUCUUGGAAAAAUAUCACUUUGUAUUCUCUGUCCAGGGCUUCAGAUAUUUUGCACGAAUUUUAAAACAUGGCAAUAAAUGGCUCGUGGGCUCUGG